CAGGAAACAAAUGAACAAUCCGAACCCCUCCAAGGCUUGAUGGACCAAGGCACAUAAAUAGGGACUGGUCAUCUCCGUAUCCAAUCUGUCUGACACUGACCUAGGACUCUCCACUCAUCUUCUACUCCUGAGAAAUCCCAAUCAAUUCACACCAUGUCCGAUACAUACACCGGCUAUGACGAGUGCGGAUGCAGUUUGGCGGAGCAAUCGAUGCGCCGGCAUUUCAACCCCAUACGAUUUAUCCGCGGCUCGCGAGCAGGAGGCGUAUGGGCAAUCGGCACCGAUUUGAUUUUGAAAGCACACCCCAAAUUCGAAGAAUCUCUGGAAAACGAACGUCAAGCGCUGCAGCUACUUGUAGCCCAUCCCCAUAUCCCAGCACCAAAAGCUGACCGUAACUGGGUCGAUCAACAUGGGAACCACUUCUCGAUGCAGACACAACUGGACGGUGAGACACUCGAGAAUGCCUGGCCGCGAUUGUCGAAGGACCAAAAGGCCACUAUCGCAGACCAGGUGGCCGACGUGUGCAAGCAACUACAGUCCAUCACAUCGCCGAGUAUACAAGGCAUUGAUGGAGGAGCCUGUCCAUUAGAUAUGGUAUUUGAUGAUGGUGAGCUCCAGGGACCAUUCCACUCAGACUCUGAGUUUCGGGAUGCCAUCAGCCGUGAACUAUCGUCUUCAUUAUUUUCGAAUAAAAAGGAUGAAUUGAUGAAGCAUUUCCCUGUAUGCGGCCCUUAUGUCCUCACGCAUGGCGACCUUAAUAUCUCCAAUAUUAUGGUCAAAGAUGGUCAGCUCGUUGGAAUCAUUGAUUGGGAAUUUGCAGCUUUUUAUCCCAUAUGGUAUGAGUAUCUUAGAAUUGCGUGUGGUUCUACUGGUAAAGACGCUGAAUGGAGAGAGUUGUUGCGACAGCGUCUGGAUAGCCAUGAAGAUGCCAAAAGUUUCCUGAAGGAACUGCGUAACUUGCAAUGGUAUAAUCGCUUUGGGGACUGAGUUGAGAAAGUUUUCUUGAUGGAUUAUAUGCAGAGUCU